AUGACCAAAAAACAGGCCCAUCCGGAAAACAAAGAGCUUUCUGAAUACAAGCAAAAGUUGUUCGCAGAUGCCGAAAGAAUAGUGAAGGAAGAAUUCCCAAAAAAUGUGCUCGAGUUUGACGCUCUUCUGAAAAGUCCAAAGCUUUCGUACGAUCGUCUUGCCCAAAUUCUCCCUGACAAAUCGCUGAAUAUUCCGAUUCCGGAUGUAGAUAAUGGAAACACAGACAGCGAUGAGCCAGCUGCGAAGCGCAAGAGAGUCGCCGAUGAAGUAGUCAAGCAAACUGGCCCUCCAGUGUACGCAUUCACUAGUGGAACUGUUCCAUGCAACGAGAAUCUUGCUCAAUUGAUGGAUACUGUCCGCCCGAGACUUCGUGACGCUGUUGAGCAAUGCAACACUGUCAAAAUGUGGAUCACUCUUCUGAUUCCUCGUAUCGAGGACGGAAACAACUUCGGGGUUGGAAUUCAAGAAGAAACAUUAUCCGAAGUCAGAAACGUCGAGAGUGAAGCCGCUUCAUUCCUUGAUCAGAUGAGUCGGUACUUCACCACCCGUGGAAAGCUAAUCACCAAGAUUGCCAAGUAUCCACAUGUUGAUGACUACAGAAGAGCCAUUCUGGAUAUGGACGAAAAGCAGUUUAUCAACAUCAGAUUGGUCGUUCUCGAAAUGCGCAAUCAUUUCUCGACUCUUCACGACAUGAUCAUGAAGAACUACGAGAAAAUCAAGGUUCCUCGCAACUCCAACACGGAGCAUCUUUAUUAA